AUGUCCUCUGACGACGAGUCCUCUGGCAACGAGUCCUCUGACAACGAGUCCGGGUCUUCUUACACUGGGUCUUCCGACACCGGGUCCUCUGAGAACGAGUCCUCUGACAGCGAGUCUGAAGACAACGAGUCGGUUUCAACCAGAGCGACGAUCGUUGAAGAACUCAAGACGAACACGAGGUUGACCACGCUCGGUGUGUGCAAUUUGGACGAUGCCGGAUUGCAGGAAGUUGCCGAAGCCCUGAAGGCGAACACGACCCUGACAAAGAUUGGUCUGCAAAACAAUCAGAUCGGGGAUGCUGGAGCGCGCGCGAUUGCCGAGACAUUGAAAGUGAACACGACGCUCACUCAGGUCUAUUUGGACUGGAACGAGAUUGGCAACGCUCGAUUGCCGAGGCUCUCAAAUCUCCACGCAAAUCAGAUUGGCGACGUUGGAGCGCGGGCAUUUGCUGAGACACUCAAAGUGAACACGACCUUGAUUUCUCUCAAUCUACCGCGCAAUUGCAUUAGCAAGGCUGGCGUUCAAGCGAUUGAUGAGGCACGCAAGGUCAACUCCACUCAGAUGGUGCUUGCCAGCUCCGCUCAGAUGCACCCUCUUGUACUUUGCUUGCACCCACGACUUGCAACCGCCGAGGACGUUCAGACCGUGCUUUGCCUCUUGACCUGCGGAACAGAGUUGGACGAGCAGCCCUCCUUGGUUUUACCUGCACUGCCAGUCGAGCUCGCUGAACGCAUUACGGACGAGGCGACCCACUGGCAAGGCGUGCUGCGCACCAAGCGAUUGCGGUUUGAUGCCGAUACUCCCGCUCAUGUUCUGAAAGCCACGGUGCCUCGAAGCAUCAAUGCGAAUCCGAUCCGCGUGAAAGCCAUUCAAGUGCUCCGUGACAGGAAGUCAUGCCACAACUCCGACAGCACCGGCAGCACCGGCGCCUUUGACGUGAUCGUUCGAGAUGAGCAUGGUGCUGUUCGCCACGAGUGUACUGUGAAACCGACCUUCGUCGAAUCGACAUUGGAGUUUAUGUCGAUCUCGCCUGCGGACCAUCCCAUCAUCCGACAAAUGCGAGAGGGCUGGGAAGUUCAAGUGCGACGCAGUGCGUUUGCCCUAGAUCUGCAUUUCGAGUCACUUUAUGUUGGAUACACGACUAUCUGA